UAAUUGAAUGGAUUUCGUCGUGCUAAUCGACGAGAAUAGUAGCUCGGGUAUAGGAUCGGUAUCGGGUUCGGUGCUUGUAAAUAAAAAAUCUUGUAAACAGGUGCGGAUUCAUAGAAUUUAUCGAGAACUUCGCGUUACGCGUGCAGUGCAUAUCAGUUUUGAAAUUGAGUUGUGGGAUUUCGUGACAUUUCAUUGAAGUCUGUAAAAGAAGUGAAACCGGCACGCGAAUUCUCCUGAAAUCGUUUUUUUCGUAUCCUGUUGAACGUUAACGAUAAAAAAUGAAUUAUUCGCUGUCAGCGUUUUCGGAACCACGUGGCGUUAUGCGCAUUCUGCAAUUUAUUUUUGCGAUAUGUGCGUUUGCGACGACAACAAAUUUCAUUGCAACAGUGAAAGUAUCUUGCCCGCCAUCACCAGCAGUUGAAUACUCAUUUGAAUAUCCGUUUAGUAUUGAACAGGGUAUCUGCUCCGUAAAUACAUCAACGAAAUUACAAAAUUCAUCAAAAACAUAUCCAAUAUCAGCAAAUCUAUCAUCAGAUUCGCAAUUUUUUGUUGCGACCGGCGUAUUAUCGUUAAUGUAUUGUGUAUUCAUAAUUGCGGUUUAUGCAAUCUUAGAUGAGCUGUAUCGAAGUAAAAAUGAAAUACCAUUAGCGGAUUUCAUGUUAACAACAAUUCUUGCGAUUUUUUGGCUAUCAGGCAGUGCAGCCUGGUCAAAUGGUGCUACAGCUUUAAAAGGGGUAACAGAUCCUGAUGUUUUACGUGCAAAUUGUAAAAAUUGUGAUUUUGUUGUUGGGAGUUUUUCACGCCUAAAUAUAUCUUUGAUAUUCGGAUUUUUGAAUUUCUUCCUUUGGGCGUCGGACUUGUGGUUCCUUUACAAAGAAACAAUCUGGUUUCAAGGACGUGCAGCAGCACAACAGCAACAGGCAGCGAGUGGAGCAGGAGUUUCAAGUGGUGGAGUACCCGGUGUUUAAGAGAAGGUUAAGAAAUACUAACCAGAAUUUGGAAAAAUAAAAAAAAAACCAAACACGAUAUCAGUCAUUGUUUCAUCUUUUUAUUUCACUAGCAACAAAUAUCAUCAUAGAAUGAUGAUUGCUUCUGCUCUAAUAUUGCUGAUUUCUGUUUCGUUUUAUGAAAUUUUAUUUAGUUCUUUAGAUGAAAAUAAAUGGAAGUUUUUUGUUAAUUAAUGAAGUCAAGAAUAUCUAAUAUUUUUAUUUAGUUUUUAUUUAUUUCUUCAGUUUUGUUUUGUAUUUGAAAAGUGUCUGGUUCAUCUUGGCUAACCCCGGCCCAGGUGAAAAGAAAGAGCAAUUGCAGAGUGCCAAAUGGAGCCAUAUGAUAAUAAAAAAUAUAUUUUAGUUCUAGUGUGUACUAAGUGUACAUAGAAUUUUUGUUAUUCUCCGUUUUAUAACUUUAGUUUUUGUGAAUGCUUUUUUUUUCGGGAUAAGCCUCGCUACAAUAGUUGUUGUUUAAAGCAUUUAAUUUUUUUUCUUUUUUUGUUAAUUACAAUUCAUUUUUGUUUAUUAUAAUCUAUUUCCUUUCAAUUAUAGUCCAUUCGGUAUGGUUUAUUUUUUUUUUUUAUUUUUUUAAUUUAAUUUAGUACUCUUUUUCAUAAAUUAAUCGAACGCACAAUAUUGGUUUGGUUCACUUUGAUGUGGUUUUCUCAACUUUUUGUCACCCCGCAAAGUAUGAAGAUGUCAUUGUAAACAUUCCAUCCCUUUUACAAAAAUAUGUGUCAGAUAAGCUUCAUCCAAUGCAUCAAUAUGUGUGAUUUAGUUGAGUGAAAAUUGAAACAAUGUUACAUCCUAUCAGAUACACUUUAUGCCUUUUUCGAUUAGUGUAUCUGUGCUUUGUUCAUACCGACAUUGUGAAGAUCAUUCAACUAUCUUUAGUAGCUGCUAUUGUAAUUAUCUCAAUAAAUUGAUAAUAUUUUACUAAAUAUUGGAUUUGCAUCUAAAUAAUCCUCUAAUUGCUAGCAAUUGAGCAUUUGGUAUGAGCAAUUGGCACGGCCGGAUAUGGAGUUUUACCACUGGAAACUGUCCAAAAUAUUGAAGAAGGCUUCUCAUAUUUCCCCAAAUAUGAUACAAUAUCAAUAUAAUAGUAAUAGUAUAAUAGUUGUCAUUCUCGUCAACUAUAUAUAACUUCGUCAAAAUAUCCUAUUCACUUUAUAGAGCUUGAUUUUCUAAUGAAACCAUGUAUAUGAGAUAUUGAAGUAAUAUACAUUUUUAUAUCGAUCCCCGGUUGCAAAAGUACUUUAUUUUUAAAUCCAAAAAUAUCUAAACGUACUUAUCGGCUGUGUCAUUCACAACAUUGAAAGUAAUCAACAAUCUUUCACAAUGUACAUUUAAUCAAUCAAUGAUUUCAAUAUAUUGUCCAUCCUGCAGAUCCAUGCUUCUUGCAAGAAAGGAAAAAUGUUUAGGGAUUCUAGAUAUUAGAUAACAAUUGAAAAUAUAUAUAUAAAAAACCAAAACGUGUUAUAAAAUUUAAGAAACUAAUCACAAAAAAUCUACACACGAACUUCAAAAGAAUGGUGAAAAAUAUAAUAAGAAAAAUAGAUUCAGAAAGUUAAAAAAUGAAAUGAGUCUAAUUCUAGUGACAAAUUAAGCAAUAAUAUAUAAUGUUCUGGAUAUUUUGUAGAAAAUGUAACAAUUGAAGUUUACCUAGAAAGAAGCAAAAAUAGAUGGGAAAACUGAAAAAUGAUAAAUGAAAGAAAGAAGAAACAUAGACAAGAUUUUACGGUAUUUAAAGUUAGACUAGAGAAUAUGUAGAUGAAAAUGGAAACUAAUGAGAAACAGUAAAUUAAUUAUUCUAUACAAA